AUGGCUGCGAAGAGAGGGACCAAGACGAGCAUGAAGAACAUGGAGAAGGAACUGCUGUGCCCAGUGUGUCAAGAAAUGUAUAAGCAGCCACUGGUGCUGCCCUGUACCCACAACGUGUGCCAGGCCUGUGCCCGGGAGGUCCUGGGCCAGCAGGGCUACAUAGGCCAUGGUGGGGACCCCAGCUCCGAGCCCACUUCUCCUGCCUCCACCCCAUCCACCCGAAGCCCUCGCCUCUCCCGCAGAACUCUCCCCAAACCAGACCGCUUGGAUCGGCUGCUUAAGUCAGGCUUUGGGACAUACCCCGGGCGGAAGCGAGGUGCUCUGCACCCCCAGGUGAUCAUGUUCCCGUGCCCAGCCUGCCAGGGUGAUGUGGAGCUGGGGGAGCGGGGCUUGGCAGGGCUUUUCCGGAACCUGACCCUGGAGCGUGUGGUGGAGCGGUACCGCCAGAGUGUGAGUGUGGGUGGCGCCAUCCUGUGCCAGCUGUGCAAGCCCCCGCCACUAGAGGCCACCAAGGGCUGUACCGAGUGCCGCGCCACCUUCUGCAACGAGUGCUUCAAGCUCUUCCAUCCCUGGGGCACCCAGAAGGCCCAGCAUGAACCCACCCUGCCCACCCUCUCCUUUCGCCCCAAGGGACUAAUGUGCCCAGAUCACAAGGAAGAGGUAACCCAUUACUGCAAGACGUGCCAACGACUGGUGUGCCAGCUCUGCCGUGUGCGGCGCACCCACAGUGGCCACAAAAUCACGCCAGUGGUCAGUGCCUACCAGGCCCUCAAGGACAAGCUGACAAAGAGCCUGACAUACAUCCUGGGAAACCAGGACACAGUGCAGACCCAGAUCUGUGAGCUGGAGGAGACCGUGAGGCACACGGAGGUGAGUGGUCAGCAAGCCAAGGAGGAGGUGUCCCAGCUGGUGCGGGGCCUGGGGGCUGUGCUGGAGGAGAAGCGGGUGUCACUGCUUCAGGCCAUUGAGGAGUGUCAGCAGGAACGGCUGGCCCGUCUCAGCGCCCAGAUCCAGGAGCACCGGAGCCUGCUGGACGGCUCAGGUCUGGUGGGCUACGCUCAGGAGGUUCUUAAAGAAACAGACCAGCCUUGCUUUGUGCAAGCAGCGAAACAACUGCACAGCAGGAUUGCCCGAGCCACAGAGGCCCUCCAGACAUUCCGGCCAGCUGCCAGCUCCUCCUUCCGCCAUUGCCAGCUGGAUGUGGGGCGUGAGAUGAAGCUGCUGACAGAGCUUAAUUUCCUGCGAGUGCCCGAGGCUCCGGUCAUCGACACCCAGCGCACCUUUGCCUACGACCAGAUCUUCCUCUGCUGGCGGCUGCCCCCCCACUCACCACCUGCCUGGCACUACACCAUUGAGUUCCGACGCACUGAUGUGCCGGCCCAGCCAGGCCCCACCCGCUGGCAGCGGCGGGAGGAGGUGAGGGGUACCAGCGCCCUGCUGGAGAACCCCGACACGGGCUCUGUGUACGUGCUGCGUGUCCGCGGCUGCAACAAGGCCGGCUACGGCGAGUACAGCGAGGACGUGCAUCUGCACACUCCGCCCGCUCCCGUCCUGCACUUCUUCCUGGAUGGCCGCUGGGGCACAAGCCGAGAGCGGCUGGCCAUCAGCAAGGACCAGCGAGCGGUGAGGAGUGUGCCAGGGCUGCCCCUGCUGCUGGCUGCCGAGCGGCUGCUGACGGGCUGCCACCUGAGCGUGGACGUGGUCCUGGGCGAUGUGGCUGUGACCCAGGGCCGCAGCUACUGGGCCUGCGCCGUAGACCCAGCCUCCUACUUGGUCAAGGUGGGCGUCGGGCUGGAGAGCAAGCUUCAGGAAAGCUUCCAGGGUGCCCCCGACGUGAUCAGCCCCAGGUACGACCCAGACAGUGGGCACGACAGCGGUGCCGAGGAUGCCACCGUGGAGGCAUCGCCACCCUUCGCUUUCCUGACCAUCGGCAUGGGCAAGAUCCUGCUGGGGGCCGGGGCCAGCGCGAAUGCGGGGCUGACAGGCAGGGACGGCCCAGCGGCCAGCUGCACAGUGCCCCUGCCGCCCCGCCUGGGCAUCUGCCUGGACUACGAGCGGGGUCGCGUUUCCUUCCUGGAUGCCGUGUCCUUCCGAGGGCUCCUGGAGUGCCCCCUGGACUGCUCGGGACCUGUGUGCCCUGCCUUUUGCUUCAUCGGGGGUGGCGCAGUGCAGCUACAGGAGCCCGUGGGCACUAAGCCCGAGAGGAAGGUCACCAUUGGGGGCUUCGCCAAGCUGGACUGA